UGCAGCUGCCUGGCUCGACUCUACAGGCAUUUGUAUUUUCAAGGUUAUCAUGUGUGGUGUUGUUUCAACAGAGUUUCCCCAUCUUACUGCUGCUACAUUUGAGAACUGUCUGGCAUCUGAUGGUGUAUUGGUUCACUUCUUCAAUGCGUUCUUAAGUCUCCCGUCUUUCCCUGAGGCUGUGCUGUACAACCAGGAGACUGGGUUGUUUGAGGUGGAGAGUGGGGCGGCUGAGCUUGUCUCCAGAAGAAUCCGAUCGGCCCUACACCACAGGAAAUUGCAACUCCUUGCUGGUGACCCUGUAGUGCUGAUGGGAACUCCUCCUGUAGACAACCAUUACACUAUCUAUUGCCUGGACAAAGAGCAAGGAAUUCAGUGGAUUGUGAAAGAAAGAUUGCCUUUUUUCCUUCAGAGUGAUUGCUACAUUGAAUACAGACUAGCCAAACUGUUGUUUCAGUGGGACCUAAACCUCUGUAUCCAGAGAAGGAAAACCAGCUUGGGUCGAACCACCCUGUCAACCCCACUACUGUGCUGUUCCUCCCAGUUGAACAAGGACAGUAACAAUUUAGUGAAGGUCUUACCAUGCUUGCAUUCUCUAGAGAACAUUUCAGCAAAACAAGAGUCUAUGAAGACGUACAACUUUACACGUUUUCCCUCUGGCCAGGAGGAGCAUAUUGAUACAAAAUGCAGUAAAUCAUCUGGAUGUUUCUGCAGCUGUUCUAAGACAGAGAAUCCAUGUACCUGUUCCUCCUCUUCUAUCCUUAAAUGUGAAACAACCCUGGAAACCCAGAGCCCUCAAAUGCACUUGAGCUCCUGUGUUACAGAGCCAUCAGCUGGAAACCUGAACGAGCACUACCACCAAGAGUUCAGUAGCCUGAAUUGUCAGUAUUCUGAUCUACAGGUGAAGCACCUGGCUACCAGUGUGAUUAAACUGGUGGUUAACAAUGCACUGAGUGUGAUGGAUGGUCAGAGCCAGUCAAACAUUUCUAACUGCCUCAGCAACUCAGAAGACCAGACAGACUAUACCACAGAGAAAUCCUGUGAAGUUUGCCAUCAUCCAGCUGAUGGAGGCAGAGAAACAUUAGAGGGGAAGAAAGAGAAAGUUCAAGACGGCAAGAAUUUACUGGAGGAACAAAUAGACGGGGAUAAAAAGAAUGAGGAGGUGAAGAGUGAGGGCACAGGCAAAGAAAACAUCCCUGGUAUUUAUUGCCAUGACGACAGACCAGGCUUGGAUGAGUUCAAGGAGUUUUUGCGAGGAACACCAGGAGAAACGAUGAUUAAUUUCUGGAUGGAUAUAGAGAAACUGAAAACCUUACAGAGCAGAGAGCAGAAGAAUAGGUACCUGGUACUGAUGAGGAGCCGGUACCUGCUGAGUAGCAGUCGGAGCAGUCUGAAUGCAGAGCUGCUCUCCAGACUGGGCCUGGCUACGUCCCCCUGCUGGACAGAAGAGAAACUGUGCUCAGUCCAGCCCUGUCUAACCGAGGCUCUUCUCUUCUACUGGGCUCCUCGGUUCUGGACGUCCCAGUGUGUUCAGGGAGACCAUGAUGAUGCCCCUAAUGUGGGGCUGAGAACAGAGUGGUACUAUAGCCCUCCAUCAGGUGGACAGCCCUACUGUAGCUUCUUGGCCUUGCCUCUUUCCCGACAUGACACCUGCUUACCACCAUCCUCCAAUAUUGUUCAUACAGAGUUAUAUUCUAGUACAAGUGACUUACUUGGCAGCAGAGGAGUGGAACAGGUGUUACAGGCUCUCUGUUUUGAAUCCCGGGCUGGCUUGUACUUCACACGCUUUUGUGAACAAUCUGGAAACCAGCUGUGGGAGAACGCAGUUUACUUCUGGACCGACCUGCAGCACUACCAUGAGCUGUUCUACCAGGAUGGGAUGGACCCCUACAGAGUACAAAGAGAGGCACAGCUCCUUUACGCCACAUAUCUGAACAGUUCUGCCAGAAGGAGCAUUGGUGUGGAUGAGGGCAUUAGAAGGGAGGUGUACAACAGACUGAUGCCUGCUUUUGAGGAGCUUUUUGACGAGGUAGAGGAACACGCUCUGAACAUCUUGCUGCAGCCAUGGACACUGCUGGUUAGCAGAGACAAAGAGUCCUUCCAGAAGGUGUCUGUGCAGGAGGAGGUGCGCACGGUUGACAGUCAGGAGUAUAGGGAACUCCAGAGUAUGUACCAGGAAUCAGAGAGCCGACGGAAACAGGUUGAGAAGUGCGGGUCCACGUUAUUUCUCUCUCCUGUUACAUGCUCUACUGGUUUCUCAAAAGCAGCCCAAGCACCUGAAUCUUGGUCCAGUGUCUCUCCAAAUUAUCAAGGUUACCGUCUAGGUUCUUUACUUCGCCACCGCCCUGAGAUUGGCCACUUUAUGUCUUUUCUCCAGAAUCAGGAUGCCAGUAUCCAUUUGACGUGCUGGCUGGAUUUGGAGCAGUACAGGAGGACUCAGAAGGACACGGCUGUCAAACAAGAGAGGUCCUCUAAUAUAGCAACCAGAUACCUCAACAGGAUGUACUUCUUUGGCCCCAAUAGCCCUGCCUCAGCAGAACAACAGAAUGAUAUACUGCGCUUGGCAGGUGGACUGGAGCGUCUGACACUAGAGUCUCUCUCAAACUCGCUUGUUGUCAAGAUCCAGGACAUUGUUAGGACCCACAUUGAAAAAACAUGGCUGCCUCAGUUUCUGACCACAGCAGAGUUUACACAACGGCAGCAACACAAACCAGAGCCCCAAGCCCGAGCAGCAGACCAGCUCUCACAGUACAUCUACCGUCAACGCAGAGCGAGGAGAGAACCCUGGAAGGCUGGGGGCCAGUGGAUGAGUUCGUCCAGAGAGAUUCUCCUGUUUCGACAGAUCCUACUCAAUCCUGUCACUUGUAUGCAGUUCCAGCAUUUCAUCUCCCUGAAGGGAGACUUCCUGGAGAAUGAUGUGCUCUUUUGGCUGGAGGUCCAGAGGUAUAAGGACCUCUGUCAUUCUCACAGUGACGAGGCCACCAUCCAGCAGAAGGUCUCCACUAUAAUCAGGUGUUUCAUCAACUCAUCCACGCCGCCCACCCUGCAGAUCGACAUCCCUCCUGAACAGGCCCAGUACAUUCUGGAGAAACGCCAUGAGCUUGGCCCUUACAUCUUCAGAGAAGCGCAGCAGUCAGUAUUCAAUGAAUUACUGAAGUUUUGGCCUGAGUUUCAAGAGCUCAGCAACAGUGUCCAAGAGGAACGACUUCUCCCUCUACUGCAGGAGAAACGAGCUGAGCACAGAGCCGAAGUGCGAAGACACAGGAGGAAAGAGGAAGAGAGGAGGAGAGCCAAAGAAGAACUAGAGACACAAGAAUCCAGUGUAAGAGAGGAGGACACAGGCGAUGUGGCUCAUGUAGAAGAAAGAAGCGAAGCAAAGCAGUUGAGGACACAGAGCACAGUGCUGCAGACUCCCACUAAGCCGCUGUCAUGGUCCUACUCCAAGUACAUGGCAGCUCUGAAGAGAGAGGAGCUGCUGCUGAAAAGGCAGAGUCAGUUGGAAGCCUCAUUCUCCACAGCCUCAGACUCCUCUGACUACAGCGUCGGGUCAGCGGGCAGCAAGCUCAGCUACAGAUGAAAGUAAACAGUCUAACAGAUAUAACAGUAAGUGAACUGUGCUUUUCCAGCAGUAUGACUCAACAGUCUACCUCCAAAACGCGUGUUGGACUGCAGGAGGUGCAAGAGGCUGUG